AUGAUGAUGAUGAAAAGCUUCAUGUUUCAGCAGCAGCAGCAACAAGAUCAAGAAAACAUGUCCAACCUCACAACUUCAGCUUCAGGAGAAGCAAGUGUCUCCUCUGGAGGAAGAGUGGAUCAAAACAAUUACCACCCACCUCCAGAAAUCCCACCAUCCAAUCAGCCACCUCCCAAGAAGAAGAGAAACAUGCCAGGCAACCCAGACCCAGAUUCCGAAGUGAUAUCUCUGUCCCCCAAGACCUUGAUGGCAACAAACCGGUUCCUAUGCGAGAUCUGCAACAAAGGGUUUCAGAGGGACCAGAAUUUGCAGCUCCACAGGCGAGGCCACAACCUGCCUUGGAAGCUGAAGCAGAGGCCCAAGAAUGAGGUUGUGAAGAAGAAAGUGUACGUGUGCCCCGAGCCGAGCUGCGUCCACCACGACCCCUCGAGGGCGCUGGGGGAUCUGACGGGGAUCAAGAAGCAUUUCAGCAGGAAGCACGGGGAGAAGAAGUGGAAGUGCGACAAGUGCUCGAAGAAGUACGCGGUUCAGUCGGAUUGGAAGGCUCAUUCCAAGACCUGUGGCACUAGGGAGUACCGAUGUGACUGUGGCACCCUCUUCUCAAGGAGGGACAGUUUCAUAACCCACAGAGCAUUCUGUGAUGCAUUAGCAGAAGAAAGUGCAAGAGCCAUCCCUACCGCUACAGCAACCACAAACCCACAAAUGAUUCUUCCUUCUACACCUUCUUCUUCUUCCCAUCUCCAGACAAUCCCACAAUUCAACCACCAAGGAAACAACAACAACAACAAUAAUUUCCUCCAUUACCCAUUUUCUUCUUCCUCUUCCCAGUCACUGAAAAAGGAGGAUGGCAGCGGCAGCAAUAAUAAUCAUCACAUGAUGGACAAUAAUGGUAAUUUCGGCCUCCUGCUCAACAAUGGCAGCAACAGCGGUAGCAGAGAGCUGCCACCAUGGCUAGCCAGCUGCCCGCCUGCAGGCCUACGAGCUGCUGCAUCAGGAGUAGGCCCGGGCCCACUCCACCCUCAUCAUCAUAAUCUCUCGUCAUCUUCUCCCUCCUCAUCAUCCAUUUUGUCCAGUAAUCCAGCAAACCCUAGCCAGCUGGGCCCGGCCUUACCCAACUUCCACCCCGCGUCCGGCCCACACAUGUCAGCCACCGCGCUGCUCCAGAAGGCCGCCCAGAUGGGCGCUACCACCGCCACCACGGCCGGUUCCAAACCGGCCGGCCUGAUGCUGGCCGGUCCGACCUACCCAGACCACCACGUGCCCAACAACAACAAUGCCGGUUUUGGUUUCGCGUCGUCCGUGUCACGUGACGACGUGGGGACCACCAACAACAAUGCAGGCGGUGGCGGUGGAGGAGGAGGAGGGUUGUUUCAGGAGAUGAUGAACUACUCGUUGUCGUCGGCGGCGGCGGCGGGUGGGGCGGGCUUUGACGACGACGACGGGGCGAUGGCUUCGUUUGAGGAUGCGUUUGGCGGUGGUGGCGGAGGGAAGGCGGCAGCGGCGGGUGGUGACGGUGGAGGAGGAGGAGGAGGUGGGAUGACGAGGGAUUUCUUGGGGCUGAGGCCAUUGACGCACAGUGAUUUGCUGAGCUUGGCUGGUUUUGGAAACUGCAUGAACAACGAUAAUGCUGCUGAGCAGCAACAGCAACAGCAGAGACAUAGUAGCAGCAGUAGUACUCAUCAUAGUCACGAGUCUCAAAAACAACCUUGGCAAGGUAAUUAA